UUUUGGCAGCACUGAUAGCUGUAUUGAAGCUACAACAAAACAUAACCUCUAAUGUUUAAUACUUACAUAAGUUAUUGUUUUACUUUGUUUUUACAUGAGGCUUAGAAUAUAAUUCAUUUCGUGUAAUAACGAUCAUUAACAUUUUAUUUUAAACGCAGUUUUAUUAUUAAACAUCGAUAAAAUGUCGGAAGACGAAGUAGAGAGCUUUGAGAUCACAGAUUACGACCUUGAAAAUGAAUUCAAUAUUAAUCGUUCCAGACGUAAAUUAUCUAAAAAGCAGCAAAUGCUUGGCAUUUGGGGCGAUGAUAGCGAUGAGGAUGAAUUGUCUGCCAGACCGUCGUUCAAAACUUUUGAUAAAGGACCAAAGAAUUAUACAACGCCUGUAAAUUUUGUAGCGGGAGGCAUCCAACAAGCUGGAAAACCAAAAGAAGAAACAAGGGACAAAGACGACGAUGAAAGUGAUAAUGAAAGCACAAAUAAAUCACAAAAGGAAUUUCCAAAUAGUUCGAGCUCCGAAGAUGAAAGGCCAAGUUCCUUACAGCAACGCACAUCAUUUUCAUUGAAUACCGAUGGAGACAUUGCAGGUUUACGUAAAAAGAAGCAUAAAGUAAAUCCUUUGUUAAUGCAAAGUGGAAUGGGAAGUUGGGAAGUUUAUACGAAAGGAAUUGGAGCUAAGUUGUUGCUACAGAUGGGCUUUGAACCUGGAAAAGGAUUGGGUAAACAAUUGCAAGGUAUAAGUGCACCAGUAGAAGCACAUUUGAGAAAAGGUAGAGGAGCAAUUGGUGCUUAUGGUCCGGAGAAAGUUCCUAAGGUUCCUGAAAAGAAAAAGGAUGAAGAAACGGAAGAAGGAAAAGAAUCGAAAGCCAAGUUAUCGCAAUGGAGAAAAGGAGAUGCAAGCGUUACAAAGAAAAAAAUAAAUUACAUAUAUCGGAGCGUCGAUCAAGUUUUGGAAGAUGGAAAACUAAAACCCAAUAAGAAAGUAAGAAUAUCAAAUGAAAUGAGUAGGGUUAAAGUCAUAGAUAUGACUGGACCUGAGCAAAGAAUUCUUAGUGGAUAUCAUGCGAUAGCUGGAGGCCAACAACGACCCGACGAGAACGUUGUAGUUACCGAUAAAAAAUCUAAAAUUAAUUUUGCACUGCCAGAACUUCAGCACAAUUUAAAUAUACUUGUGGAUAUGUGUGAGCAGGAUAUUAUACAAAAUGACAGAAGGACACGGCAUCUAAGUGACAGGGUAGUUGCGUUAGAAGCAGAAAAGAAAAACUUAUCUAAAGUCAUAGAUCAACAUGGUCAGUUGAUUGACACGUUAGAAAAUGUUCUUGCAAUUGUAGAUAGAUUGAUGGACGAAACAAGUCAAUUAACGUUACAAGAAACCGCGAAUGCUUUUAAAGACUUGCAAGAUAAAUAUUAUGAGGAGUAUAAAAUGUACGAACUUGGCGAAUUAGCUAGCAGUUUCGUUGGCCCGAAGAUAAAGGAUUGUUUAACUAAUUGGAAUCCAUUGAUACAACCGAAACAAUGUAUCAAACUGUUUCAUCAGUGGAAAAAUAUUUUAGUGACUGGUACUACCACUCUCCAGACAAGAACUAUGCAUCCGUACGAUCAUCUUGUCUGGAAUUCGUGGAUGCCAUCAAUUAGAGGUGCUGUACAACAAUGGAUGUGUAGACAACCAGAACCACUAAUUGAGUUACUAGAACAUUGGAUGCCAUUGCUUCCGAAAUGGAUAUUAGAAAAUAUUUUAGAUAUGCUAAUUCUCCCUAAGUUAACCUUGGAAGUAGAAGAAUGGAAUCCUCUUACUGAUACAGUGCCUAUACAUACAUGGAUUCACCCUUGGAUACCACUUUUAAGAGUUCGUUUAGAUACUUUGAUAUAUCCAAUAAUACGACGUAAAUUAGGAUCUGCAUUGGGCGGUUGGCAUCCAUCUGAUAGAUCUGCUAGGUUAAUGUUACAACCAUGGUCUACAGUUUUCGCCAAAGGAGAUAUGGAAGCUUUCCUAGUGAAGAAUAUCAUACCGAAAUUACAAAUAGCACUUUCGGAAUUCGUUAUAAAUCCACAUCAGCAACAUUUAGAUCAAUGGAACUGGGUGUAUGAAUGGAAGGAAUUAAUUCCUUCUCACAUAAUGGCAGGAUUGUUGGAUAAAUUCUUUUUCCCUAAAUGGUUACAAGUUUUAGCUUUGUGGUUAAAUCAUUCCCCCAACUAUGAUCAAGUUACGAAUUGGUACAUGGGAUGGAAAAGUAUGUUGAGUGAAAAAAUAUUGACUGAACCGUUAGUGAAAGAACACUUCAAAAAAGCAUUAGAAAUGAUGAAUAGAGCAGUUUCCGUGCCACAGAGUCACCAACCUGGCGCAAUGGAACAAGUUUCGUAUUUAACAAGUUUAGAAAGGACUCAGCCCACCAUGUCACAAAUGCCUUCAACUGCUCAACCUAGAAUGGAGAGACUUGCUGAAGCAGUCAGAACAGCAUCACAGAUACCUCAAGGUUUCAAAGAUCUCGUUGAAAAGAAAUGCGAGGAACGAGGAAUAUUAUUUAUGCCAAUACCAAAUCGGUAUAGGGAAGCAAAACAAGUGUAUAAAGUUGGCAAUGUUCAAGCUUAUAUAGACGGAAAUGUUUUAUUCGUUUGUCACAAUGGCAUGAAUUGGAUGCCAACGCACUUAAAUGCUUUACUAGACAUGUCUGAACUCUAGAAUGUUCAGACAAUGUGGAUAAUUAUUUAUCUUGUAUAUAUAUUGUAAAAUAAGUUUUUAGGACACAAUAUUAAAAGAAUUACACUGGAUCAGAUACAGAGCAAAUAAAAUUGAUUGUCAUUUUUGAUA